AUGAAGGCCGCCACUGUUGUUUCCUGCCUUGCGGCCCUUGCUAAUGGCGCCGCUAUCAACCUUGCUCGCCGAGACGCAAGCCCUCUUGAUGUCAAGAUUGAGCAGGUCGGCAACAGCGAACUGAAGGCCACCAUCACCAACACCGGUAGCAGCCCUCUGCGAGUUCUCAAGACCGGUUCUAUCCUUGACGACACUCCCGUCGAGAGGGCUCAAUUCACGACCGCCUCUACUGAAGGCGUCAACAGAGUUGCUUUCAACGGCAUCCGCGUCUAUGUCCGUGACACGAACCUCCCCGACUCUGCCUUCAAGACAAUUGGUGCUGGUGAGAAGGUCGAGGUCCAGUGGGAUCCCGCCAAGGUACACGACCUUAGCACCGGCGGCGAGUUCAACGUUUCGAGUGUCGGAUCUCUCCGUUACGCCAAGGAGGGAAGCAACGACAUUGCCGGCCAGAUUGUCUACGAUUCGGGCGUCCUCACCGCUAAGGUCGAUGGAGUAAAGGCUGCUGAGGUUCACGCCGCGUUCCACCAGAGCCUGGCUGCUAAGCGCGCCAACGUCCAGAACGACUGCACCGGAAGCAAGAAGACGGCCAUUAUCAAGGGCCUUGCCGAGGGCCAGAAGCUUGCCGCCGCUGCGCAGACGGCGGCCAAGGCAGGUACCCGCGUGGAGCAGUACUUCCGUUCGAAGUCGUCGGGCACCAAGGCUGCUGAUGUCCUUGGCAAGGUCGCCGACUAUCUUGGCAGCUCGACUGCGGACGCCAAGAUGUACUGCUCCGAUGUUGGCAACUUCUGCGCCAACGCUGCUGCUUACGCUCAGGCAAGUCAUCUUGAACUUUUCUUCCUUAAUGACGCAAGUACUAACAAGCUUUCUCAGCCCGGCCUCGACGGCUACAUUGUCCUUUGCGAGAACUCUUUCGAGGUCCCUGUUUCUGGCGCCGGAUGCCGCGGUAUGGACCUGGCUUACCUCAUGAUCCACGAGGCUACUCACUUGUCUGAAAUCGGCGCCACUGACGAUGUUUGCUACGGAUACGAGGGCUGCGUCGACACCAUCAGCGCGUCUCAGUCGCUCAACAAUGCGGACACUUUCGCCAUGUACGCUAGCGGUAUCAAGAACAGCUGCUAA